UUACGCCAACAUGGGACUACACAUAUUUUGGCCAGCAUCCACGUGUCUGGCACUUUUCGUCGUUUGCAUUAUAAUGGUUAUGCUAAAGUAUGGAUCGCAAAUUUGCAAAUUACGUCACACGGCGCUGCCGUCUGAUCAGGAAUGGGAGGGGAAAGCAUAUUCUCGAAAACUUUCUGUCUCUAUGGCGUAAAACUAAGUAGAUAUCACCACAUGUUUUCAAAUAUCCGUUUGCCUUGUAUUGAAAUUUAAAUCAAAAUUUAUCGUAGUCUACACGAGCAUAUCGAAGCGUAACAUUUUACAUUUCUAUAAAUGCUGUUUAAGCGACCCAAUUAAAUGCUCUAUAUCUUUUAUAUAUCACUUUUUAUACAUAGCAUGUAAGUAAUGCUAAUAAUUCCGUCCAUUAAUAUAAAUAAUCAUAAUUUUGAUAAAAAUUUCACGUACGAUGUGUAUCGCGAAAAUUUGUCAAUAUAAUUGUUCGUUAAAUAAUCGCUUUUUACUUUAUAAUGUGCCAGUAAGCUGAUGAUUCGUACACGGAAUAAUUUCAAAUUUUUGCUGAUACAUUUUGUAAAAAAAAAAGACAAGUUGUUUACCUGUUGGUAGUGAAUAUUUUAGAGGUUAGAGGGUGAUUGUACGAGCCAAAAUAAAACGAAAAUCAGCUCUGUAAAUAUUUACUACCAACAGAUAAACACCUUGCAUAUAAAAAUAUCGUGAACGUAUCAAAAAGUGUGAUUGUUGAAAACAAGGAAUUGUAUUCGCCCUACUUUUAAAUAUUUUACACAUUGCUCAUGUAAUAGCAAUUUUAUUACCGUC